GAAACAGAAAUUUCUUGUAGUUUCUUUGAAGCUUUCUUGUUGGUCAGGAACAUCAGAGUCAAACAAAAAAGAAAGAAAACGAACACGUAUGUGGAUGAUACAGAUUGUGAGGAAGGCGAACAGCAACAGGAAGGCCAUCAUAAGACAGAACAGACCCAUGGCUUCGGACAGAGCGAAACCCAAGAUGGCGUAGGAGAAAAGUUGCUGUUUCAGGCUGGGGUUCCUGGCGUAGCCGAUGAUCAGGGAGCCGAAUACGGUUCCGAUACCAGCUCCUGUAACAGAAAACCCACACAAUCAAAAUUUAAUUACAACCAGGAAUACAUUAUUUUUAAAUAA